AUGCCUGAGAGGGUGGGAGGCGUGAGGCGCAAGGUGGAGAAUCCGACCUACGGAGCGACAGCUCGGAAAGGGACGGUCUCUUACAUCAACCUGGUAGCGGGCGCGCCGACGAACUGCGAGUCAGGGUACUUUUGGAAUGCGGGCGGGUCGGCUGCGUGCGAGUACGCCUUGUGCCCCGACGGCACGCGCUACAACAAUGUUGCCGAGAAUCCGACCUACGGAGCGACAGCUCGGAAAGGGACGGUCUCUUACAUCAACCUGGUAGCGGGCGCGCCGACGAACUGCGAGUCAGGGUACUUUUGGGGUGCGGGCGGGUCGGCUGCGUGCGAGUACGCCUUGUGCCCCGACGGCACGCGCUACAACAAUGUUGCCGAGAAUCCGACCUACGGAGCGACAGCUCGGAAAGGGACGGUCUCUUACAUCAACCUGGUAGCGGGCGCGCCGACGAACUGCGAGUCAGGGUACUUUUGGAAUGCGGGCGGGUCGGCUGCGUGCGAGUACGCCUUGUGCCCCGAUGGCACGCGCUACAACAAUGUUGCCGAGAAUCCGACCUACGGAGCGACAGCUCGGAAAGGGACGGUCUCUUACAUCAACCUGGUAGCGGGCGCGCCGACCAGCUGCGAGUCAGGGUACUUUUGGGGUGCGGGCGGGUCGGCUGCGUGCGAGUACGCCUUGUGCCCCGACGGCACGCGCUACAACAAUGCUGACUUUCGGGGACGCAACGGAGCAUAUUACAACUUCUUCUCCGCCCCACGCCUGACCGUCAACGUCAAGACUGAAGACGCAUCGUUCCGGCUACACGGCGGCAAGCUCAUCGUCCAUGGCAGCUUCCUCACCGAGGCGCAUAUCGUCGCUAGCUCCUCAAACAUCUCCGCUCCCGCCCGCGCCUCCUUCUUUGCCCACUCGCUGAACGACGAGAACUGGGGGUGGAACGUCAUCAACGGGACAUGCAAGCACCGCCACUUCCAGUUCGGAAGGUCUGGGUUCAAGCAAUGUGGUGACCUUAGAAUUGAGAUGGCCUUCUCCCACGCCACCUUCAACCUCGGCAACUGGACCAUCACUGUGCGGGGCAACCACGUCUACUCUUGGAUCUCAGGCCCAAAGCACCGCGUCGAUGUCAGCUUUAGUGCAAGGGGUGACGCCGCCACGCGAUCACUGCCGCAUGGAAUCAUCGGACAAUCCUUCGCCUCGGCUGCGCCACGGUAUGGCCUGCUAGACGAUUACCCCAAGACGGGCGAGUUCACGACCUCGGCGAUGGGAGAGGGAGCGAUUGAAGGGGAGGCUACUAUGUACGAGAUGCCUUCUUCUCAUGCCACGGACUAUGCCUUCUCGCGCUUCCACAAAGCAGAAGCUGUGAUUGACCCAGAUCCGCUGCUAGCGCUCGGUGCGAGCGCUGCCACCGUGCAGGACGUAUAG